AUGGCGCCAUCGUGCAUUUGCCGCCUGAGAGACGUCGUGCUGCCGGCCUUGUUCUUGUGUGUCCUUUCACUACACAAUAAAGGUCUGGCCCUCGAUCUGCGGAACAAACUGGCCAGUCAGAGUACAACUUAUAAAAAUGUGCCUGCGUCUAAUGCGGUAGAUGGCGAUCGAAGCACCUUUAGCCACACUGAUUACGGCCCGAAUGAAUGGUGGAAAGUCGACCUUGAGGCUAUCUACUGCUUGAAGAAAAUUACAGUCAGCAACGCGAAACAAUGCAGAAGAUGUCCUGCGCGACUGCGAGAUUCCGUGGUGAGGGCUGGUUUGAAUUCAGACAUUUACCAGAACAUAAUGAUAGGUUCUCCAAUCACCGCAACGCAAGCCAUAGGCAUAGACAUUGACUUCAUAGUGGACCACGUCGUCCCCGCUCGAUACGUCAGUGUGGAUCGACCUAGACCAGAUCUACUUCACAUAGCUGAAGUCAUGGUGGAGGAAAUCCAAGACACUGAAGAGACUUCUAGUGUUGUAGGCGGCGUGGAUUUUACUCUGGUUGCCACUCCUGCUCGGCUUGGAGCCACAGGCGACGACGAUGCAACCUUAGCAGCCUACAAAAGUCCAACAGACAUCGCCGCUGCUGUCUCAUUUGGUCGCCAAUUGACGACAGGAGGGAGCAAUGACAAUCUUCCUACAGGAUCGUCCGGGUUUUACGAUGCCAACUUGGGAUGUACAGCCAGGUUGCUUAGCUUACCACAAGAUGGUGGGAUUGACAGAACAGGUGUCUUCUACGGCACUGCAACUAGAAACGGCAUGGCUACCAGAAUAAGGACAGUGAUCUUACGCAAAGACGGCACCACUCACACACGCCCGAUUCAGCGAACACAGACAGCAAAUAUUGGAGAGCCAGUUACUCUGCAGAUGGAGAGUGUGAAUCCACCGAACACCAACUACAGAUGGAAGCACGAUGCAGAUAGCGUGCAGGAAUGGAAUGACAUGCUGGACGUUACUAUUGCGAAUCUCAGCAAGACCAAUGAGGGGAUAUACAGCUGCUUCAUUGAUGGUGAAGAAGACCAGCAACUCCAUGGCUUCAUGAGGCUCAUCGUGAGGGAAUGCGCAGCCGGUACGUGGGGCCCGCCUUCAUGUCAGAACACCUGUCGUCGAUGCUACAAUGGAGGUUUCUGUGAUGACAAGACGGGAACGUGUAUCUGUGCUCCAGGAUUCAGUGGAGAAAAUUGCCAGCAAGGUAACAUUCUUCACGUCUUUGGCCAGGACGCUUGCCGAGGUCGUUUGUUUUGUCUACCUGAUCCUUACGGAUGCUCCUGUGCUGCUGGGUAUAUGGGACUAGACUGCACGCAAGAAUGUUAUGAAGGGAAGUAUGGAGCCGACUGUAAGCAGACAUGUCACUGUCCAUCUGACGACUCUUGCGAGAAGGAUACGGGAGAAUGUACUGGAAAUUGCAUACCACCAUAUUUCGAAAGUAACUGCCAGUGUUCUACUGACAAUGGCGUCCUGGGACUAAAAGUGAUUUCAGACGAUCCUCAUCAACUACAAGUUUCCUGGCAACCGGAUUCCUGUGUCUCUGGCUACAUACUGGAGUAUGCAUUGACGAACAGGGGCCAAUGUGAAGAGAUUGUAUCUCCACAGCGGGUAUCACUUCCAGGUCCACUCGAUGGUCAAACUACCAGUCAUGUCAUCACUGGUUUGAUAUCUCGUUCAACCUAUAUGGUUUACAUUCGCCCACAGUACAGUAGUGCGGAAGGACCUGAUUUGUCGACAUGUGGAACAACAUUAAAACAAGAUAAUCCAUCAGUUGCCCCUGUGAUGGUUACUUCUUACGAUUCUGCCAGUGUCACACUUAGCUGGCGUGAGGUGUAUUGUGCCAACUACUCCGUCCAAUAUGCACUGGAAAACAAAGAUGGUUGCCUACCCGUCAGCCCGCUAAACUUCACCCAGCACUGCAUGUGUUCUGGAAGUAAUUCGACGGUAAUACCAAAUCUCUUGGUCAAUUCAAUGUAUCAGAUACGAGUCCGCGCCUUUGUGGAUGGAAGCGGCGGUCUACUUGCACAACUGAGCGUUACCACCGGUACCAAAGAACCGUCUGCACCACCACAGCAAGUGACCGUCACUUCAACGGAGAAACGCAGCCUGACUUUCUCCUGGAGUCAGCCAGCGUGUGGAAGCCGAGGUGGCAUCAUCACAGGCUACACGUACACGCUGAGUGGACCAGGAUCACAACUCAUCUUAAAUGCAUCGUCAGACGAGGAAGUUGAGAUAGAUGGUUUAAUCCCCUUCACUGGCUACAGUUUUCAAGUUGCCGCAAACAACAGUGUUGGGGUCGGGCCGUAUAGUGGCGUCGUCGUUCAGAGAACUGAUGAAGCAGAGCCCACAGUACCCUUAGAUGUCGUCAUUCAGAACGUUGAUGACGUAUCCAUCACUCUCCAGUGGUCAGAGCCCGACCCUCCACAAGGAAUCAUCACCAAUUACAACAUUAGGUACUGGAGGAGUGAACAGCCAGGAACCAAAACGCUGAUCAACAAUGUGGUGCAAUUAAUGUAUGAGAUAAUGGGCCUUAAAACGAAUGAGACACACUUCUUGCAGGUGCAAGCUGAAACGUCUGUUGGCGCAGGUCUGUGGAGUGAAAAAGUAUUUGCGACCACCCUAAUCGAAGUGCCUGGACCCGUACACAAUCUUCGUUUGACGAAUGCGAACGAGUCGUCAAUAACUCUGGAUUGGGACCGACCUCUAAGACCAAGAGGCAGAAUCUCCCAUUACAUAGUAAAGUGCAGGAUCUUCUCUCAAUCGGAAGAGUACAAGGGAGAUGAGGUUGAAAAUUCACCAUUCACAAAGAAUGGGCUCGAUCCAGCCACUGCGUACGAGUUCAAAGUUACGGCUCAAAAUGAGAAGUUCGAAGGAAGCCCCCAAAUGUUGGUGGUGUAUACAAAGCCACAAUCAAAUCCUCCUGCACCUCCUCAACCAGCUUCCUUCCCCAAAGAAGCCACUGACACUACCUGGGCGAUCGGGCUGAUGAAACCCACCACCGGGGGCCAGUUUGUCGACUCAUAUGUUGUCCGAGUCAAGAACGUUGGAUCAAAGAAAAAGAGAGAUGUUCUGGUCCCGAAUCGUUUCGAAGAUUCACCGAACGACUACAUCGCAGCUGAGUUACCUGCUCAGAAUACAACGGGCAAGUUUGUUGUCGGUGAUACAAAAAUGUACGGUGGUUACUAUAACGCACCGCUCAAAACAGGCAACAAGUACGAAAUUCGUACGGGCUCGGUCAGCAGAGGCAACGAAACGCAAGGCCACGUGUCUUACUCGGAUCCCUUGACAUAUCUAUACUUCAGGACUAACCUUGUGUUUGUCGAUCUUUGUUUUGCAGCAAAGAAAUUCGAAGUGCCUUCGCAAUUUGCCGUGAUAGUAGCUGUCGUGCUCGUCGUUGUCAUCCUCGCUUUAGGAUUUGUCGUUACUUUUGUAGUCUACAAGAGAAGGAGAGCCAGUCGGGAAAAACAACACAGUGAUGAAUCUGACAUUCCACUGAACGCAAAGGCUCCAACUUUGACUCGCGUUAACAGUAAUGUCAACGAUGGAGCAGCAGUCAGCGAUACACCCCACAGCCAUAAAUCUAAGUCCCCUCGUAAACCACGCCAGAAGCUGCAGGCCGGGCCAGAACCACCAGAAGAAGAAGAGGGCAAGGAACAGCUGGAAUUCGUACCACCACCUACCGUCCGGAAGGAAGAGCUUGCUGAAUACAUCCGCCAGAAGGAGGCUAUGGGUGAUUACGGAUUCCUAGCAGACUACAAGUCGCUUUCCGAUGGUCAACUAUAUCCAUGGAGAGUGGCAGCGAAACCAGAGAACAGGGCCAAGAACCGAUACGUCAAUGUCAUUGCAUAUGACCAUUCCCGUGUUGUACUUGACCCCUUGGAGGGAGAUCCCCAUUCAGAUUACAUCAAUGCCUGCUAUAUCAAUGGAUACAAGACGAAGAACAAGUACGUCGCCAGCCAAGGAGCCAACAAGGCGUCUAUCAAGGACAUCUGGCGAAUGGUCUGGCAGUUGGGCAUCGAUAAGAUUGUCAUGCUAACCAAUCCGUUUGAGAACGGCAAGAGGAAGUGCCUCCAAUACUGGGCUGAUACCGGAUCUACCACCAUCUCAGGCAUCGUGGUAACUACAGACAAAGAGGAGGUUUUCCUGGAUUAUACCAUUCGCAACUUCAAUAUUUAUCAGGUUGGCUGUGAAGAAAGUAACAGAUCGGUGAAGCAAUUUCACUACACCACCUGGCCCGACAUGAAGCCGCCUGAGUACCCAGCACCAUUGCUCAACUUCCUGCGAUUGGUCAACGGACACCAUAACCCGGGACGCACAUUGGUGCAUUGCAGUGCCGGAGUUGGACGCACUGGUACAUUCAUCGCUCUAGAUGCGAUGCAGCAACAAAUGGCGCAGGAAGGACAAGUUGAUGUCCUGGGAUUCAUCUACCAAAUGAGACAAAAUCGCAUCAAGAUGGUCCAGACACCGGAGCAAUAUAAGUUCAUCUUUGACGCACUUCUGGCUGCCUCUGUGACAGGAGACACGACCUACAGUAUUGCAGACUUCCGCCAGAAACUGACGGCUCUGAAAAAGAAGGACAAAGGAGCGAAGGAAACAGGCCUUCAGAAGCAGUUCGCGACUUUGAUCCAGCUGAGUGACAGGCGAGGUAAAGUCGAAAAUAUGUCAGGACAGCUCCCUGAGAACAAGGACAAGAACAGAUAUCCGGAUUUUAUACCAAGUGACCGCUCUCGACCAUAUCUGUUUACCAGUGUCCAAGAAGAUGAAACCAACUACAUCAACGCAACCUUCUUGCCAGGCUACCGUAAAAAGAGCAUGUACAUCGGUACGCAGAUGCCCAUGCCCAACACUGUCACUGAUUUUUGGCGCUUGAUGUACGACCACAAAGCGACCAGCAUUGUGAUGCUGAACACCUUUGAUGCCAACGACAAGACCAUGUGUCGCUACUGGCCGGAGGAGGGAACCAUUAACUUUGGCAAGCUGUCCGUCGAACUUAUCCAGACCAAGCGAUCCGACAGUGUGACACGAUGCACCUUCACGCUAAGGAACACCAAUAACGCGGUAUAUUACAAAAAAAAAAUUUCUGAGGAAGCACGCACCAUCAUCCAAUUCCAAUACCACGACUGGCCCUCCGACCAGGAGAUACCGAAUUCCGUGCCAGGAAUGCUGAACCUCAUGGAUCUCGCUCGAAAGUGGACCGGAGACAAAGGACCUAUUGUUGUCCACUGCAUGGAUGGUCUGGGUAUUACUUCUGUGUACUGCACGUUGAUGGCGCUGUUGGAACAGUUCAAUGUCGAGAAAGCCGUGGACGUGUUCCAAGCAGCUCAUCGUCUGCGCAUGGUAAACCAAAACAUGAUGAACUCGCUGGACCAAUACGUACUGUGUUACGAUGUGAUUCAGGCCAUGCUGGACUCUACUAGCAUCUACGAGAACGUCACACUCUCAGCUGGACUGGACUCUACCGCGUAAGGUAGAACGCCAAGGAUAUCACAUUUUUGAAA